CUGAGAAGAGAGUGAUGCCUAGCUAGCCACGUAGAUCGAUAGGGUAGGGCUUUAAUGCCUUGCUAAGGAAUUUGUGGAAAUCAGAUGUGGUGUGUGAUUAGAAAACUGGUUUUGCUGCGUUAUCAAGUCUGGAUUGGAGAACCUGGUGGCCCAGAAGGCGGUUCUUUCAGUAACCCAGUAGAAGGUAAUAAGCACUACGUGAAAUUGGCGGCUGUGGGGAUGAAGGGCAGUCGGAGAAAACAGUGCCAAAUUGUGAUCUUGUGCUACCCGGAUGUGGUGACUCAUCAUGGAAUGAAAACUUGCUGAGCCUCUUCUUUAAACCUGCUCUACCUGCUAAUCUGCAGAGGGAUUGUGGGAGGCACUUCAGUGAAGAAAUGGACCAGUGUGUAUAAUCAUGGAGUCUCCGUGCUAACCAUCGCCACCUGCUCUCCCUAAUACGUGUGAGAGAGUGGGUGAGGGGAGAAGGCAAAGGUCAACAUGAAGCUGAAGCAGCGAGUCGUGCUGUUAGCAAUUCUCCUUGUCAUCUUUAUCUUCACCAAAGUUUUCCUGAUUGACAACUUAGAUUCAUCUGCUGCCAACCGGGAGGACCAGAGAGCUUUUCACCGGAUGGUGGCUGGCUUGGAGGUGGAGCUGGCACCCAAGCUGGACCACACCUUGCAGUCUCCCUGGGAGAUUGCAGCCCAGUGGGUGGUUCCCCGGGAAGUGUACCCUGAAGAGACGCCAGAGCUGGGGGCAAUCAUGCAUGCCAUGGCCACCAAGAAAAUCAUUAAAGCUGAUGUGGGUUACAAAGGGACACAACUGAAAGCCUUACUGAUACUUGAAGGAGGGCAGAAAGUUGUCUUCAAACCUAAGAGGUAUAACCGAGACUACGUGGUAGAAGGGGAACCCUACGCUGGUUAUGACAGACACAAUGCAGAGGUGGCAGCCUUUCACUUGGACAGGAUUCUGGGUUUCCGCCGAGCCCCCUUGGUGGUUGGCAGAUUUGUUAAUCUUCGGACAGAGAUCAAGCCUGUUGCCACGGAGCAGCUCUUGAGCACCUUCCUAACUGUAGGAAAUAAUACUUGUUUCUAUGGGAAGUGUUAUUACUGCCGAGAGACUGAGCCAGCUUGUGCUGACGGAGACACCAUGGAGGGAUCUGUCACACUUUGGCUUCCAGAUGUGUGGCCUUUGCAGAAACACCGACACCCCUGGGGCAGGACUUACCGAGAGGGCAAACUGGCCAGGUGGGAGUACGAUGAGAGCUACUGCGACGCUGUGAAGAAAACAUCCCCGUAUGACUCUGGCCCGCGUCUCCUGGACAUCAUUGACACGGCUGUCUUUGAUUACCUGAUCGGCAAUGCUGACCGCCAUCACUAUGAGAGUUUCCAAGACGACGAGGGUGCCAGUAUGCUUAUCCUUCUCGAUAAUGCCAAAAGGCCUGCACUGUGCUUCGGGCUGCCAGACCCUUCAGCUAUUACAACGAACUUCCAGGAAAAGAGAAGCUUUGGGAACCCCUCGCUGGACGAGAGAAGCAUUCUUGCCCCUCUCUAUCAGUGUUGCAUCAUUCGGGUUUCUACCUGGAACAGACUGAACUACCUAAAGAAUGGUGUGCUGAAGUCUGCCUUAAAAUCUGCCAUGGCCCAUGAUCCCAUCUCCCCAGUGCUGUCCAGCCCUCAUCUGGACGCUGUGGACCAGCGGCUCCUGAGUGUCCUGGCCACCGUAAAGCAGUGCACGGACCAGUUUGGGAUGGACACUGUGCUGGUGGAAGACAGGAUGCCUCUCUCCCACUUGUAAUUUGCAGCACAGAAUAACUGAGACUUGUUUUUACGAAGAUAGAGAAACAGCACAAUCAAUUCCAAAUGGUAUGAGAUGGAUUGGAAAUGGCCAGCAGCAAGUUCUGGUGAUAGGGGACAGGGUCGCCUCGGAUUUCUUUGGUGUUUUCCGUCGUAGAAACUGAAGCACGAACUGUUAGUUUCAGACCACGGAAUGUUCCCACUGAGCCACCUGACGUUCUCGGCCCUUGCCCAUUCUAGCAGUGGCAUCGCAGUUGGUCAGUCUUAAUUCUCAUGCCAAAGGACAGCAGGUGUGACGUUUGGAGAGGUUAAUGCUGGGGCUGGUUCCGGAGGGGUAUUUGGAGCUCACCCGUAUAGUCCUUUCACCACACCUGUGGAUCUUCUGAGGACACUUUGCAAUCUCUUGAGUCCUUUUUUUACCAGGACUGUCAAAUUGGGAAUUUCACUGCCUCCUGAGGAGUGGCAGCAAGUAAAAGCUGGCAUUCUGUGGAGCCAAAGGAGCAGGCUUGUUGGAGGGGGUAUGUUUUAGAGGGAAGACCAAAAGCAGGAGAGAUGUUUGGGCUUUUCAGCAGUUGGCAGUAGUGCUUUAAUGCUUCUUAGAGGAGGAAGAAGGGAGAGGAGGUGAUCAGAAUUGGGGAAGUGACUGAAUUAGUUAAAGCAGGUUCCCCUGGAUUUUACUGAAGCUCUUAAGGUGUGUAAAAGCUAACGUGACUUGUCCCUAAGUGAAGUUGGCAUUAUCACAGUUGUGUUUAAAUUAACCAAAAAUUGUCUCUGGAGAACUUACUGUCACAACACAAGCAUGAUUCUCUUAUGAGAUUUUAUUUUUUUAUUUUGUCCGAAGGAGACAAAUCCUUUCCAAAUUAACAAAGCAAACAAAUAACACAUUGAAUAAGGGUUAGGUUUCUUGUGACCUCUGCCACCUUGGUUUCUCUUCUGAGAUGAAUUUCCGCCUCGGCCUUCAAGGCCUUUGGAGCUGCUAUUCCCAAGAGAUUGGCAAUCAUGACUGUGCCUUUCUUGUGAGAAGAGCCAGCUCACUCCGACAGAUGAACAUGCACAUCUUGCUAGUGGCUGGACCUGUCUUGUGAUUUGAGCCAUGCGGGUGACUGGAAACAAAGAUGUAAGCCUUCUGAGCCUUAAAACUAAGGAGGUUGUGCCAGGAAGAGCCUUAAGAUUUUGAUUUAUGUCAAACCCUAAUUUCAUCAUUUAAUCUUGUUUGGAAUUUCAAACCGGUGUUCUUCCGUCUCUUGUUAGCAUUCUCAAAUUUCAGGUCACUAAAGCACAGGCAUAGUUCUGGGUUAGGCAGAGAGAUGGUGCCACGUAAGCAGUUGUAGUCAAAUAUUGGCCAGGGGGCAGCAGGCCUGGCGUGUCACUCUGUGUCACCUCAGUGCUGUGUGCUGUCCAUGUGUUGUCUGGGUGCUGUUCCAGUUCUGUGCUUCUGUCAAGCAGAAACUAACAUUUAACAGUGUGGUUGAACAAAUUUAAUGCUGGCCAUUGGAGACCAGUUUUAAACAACCACCCUUUCAAAAGCAGUUCAGAAUUUAUGCCUCAACAUCCUCUCAUUGAAAGAUAACCGAGUAUCCUGUGACUACUUUAGAAGAGCAUGAAAUUAGGAUACUUUUGUACUUUGUAUGUACAUUUUGAGAUGUACACAAGAACGGGCUUAGUUAUUUAAAAAGGUAUUGAAUUUAAGAAGGCAGAAACACUAGUGUUAACAAAAGGCGGCAUUGGUUCCAGUCGUAUGCCCGUUGCCUGUGUGAUGCCCAGAGAUUCACAGUUGAGCUGGAGGGUACCUUGGAGAGAGUUGACCCCGCACGGUCCGCGGGCCAGCUGGCGGGAGGCAAGGAAGGAUGUGAGCCGAGCUAAUGGAUGGAUUAGCGGUCUCUCAACAUGUCUCGUAGUAUGUGCUGCAGUGGAAGGCAGAAGAGCUGCUCUCACACCGGGAGCUUGAUUCACAUUGUUGUAGGCAGAAGACUCUGCUAAGGAAAAGAGCAGGAGAGAAGGUGGCUUUGAAACUGCCUCAUCCCUUCUUAAAAUACUGCUGAAAAUGAAGACUUUCCUUCUCUUUCCUUUUGUUUGGAAAUUCAUGCUCUUAUAAGGUGUUCAGGUCUGUAGUGGUUGAAGUUAGCAUCGUGCUGAUUAAAUGACACUGAGAAUAUAAAUUAUGUUUGAAGUCAGGAUUGGAUUAAGCAACAAAAGUCUGUUUGGGUGAAUCUUAGAGAUAAUUGACCAUAAACAUAUAGCCCUGAAAUUCACAAACACUAAGUUUUGUUUGAAAAAACAGGUAAAUAUCUUUUCAAAAGUUUUCUAACACUGUUUCCUGGAGGCUUAUUGAUUAGAGUCCAGCACUGUUACAGUCAGACAAUUCUUUGAAGAGUUUUUGACCAGCCCGAAUUAGGGUGUGUCUAGCUGACUUCUAAAGGGAGACAUGGAUGCGUUUUAAUAUUACAAAGCUGGGAAAGUGAGAACUUACUGCUAUUUCCUUUUCUCUUUCUACUUAAACUUGUUUAUUCCAGAGUUUGAGUGGAGAAAUGUGAGGAGAGAGGUUUCAUUCUAAAACUGGUCUUAUUAAUAUGAGUCUAUAUUGUGGGUUUGGCCAUAAAUAAUUUUCUGUGCAAAACAAAUUACAGAACAGGAUCUGAUUUGCUCAGAGUAUUUGUUCAAUAAUAUAUUACUAAGGCAUUUGCACUCAGGAUUAAUGUGUCAAAUGAAACUGAAGAAGGAAAUGGGAGAAUUUGGGUCCAUCCCCUACAUAUUUUGGGAAAGAUGAAUCCUAUACAUGACAUUUUUUUUCCAGUGUUCUUCCAAAGAAAUCCAUCUUUUCUCAAAACAAAACAAAAGGCUUUUGGCCUCCCCUUCCCAUCCACCAAAUUCCUUCAACCUCCCUUCUCGAUGGUCCCUGUAUUCUUGUUUGACCAGUAAGUGACCACACCUCAGUGAUGGUGACACAGCAUCUGUCAGUGAGCUGUCUUCUAAGUCAUCCUGGGAGCUUGAGCUUCAGGAAACAUGAGUUAAAGGUAUAUGUAUGUAUAUAGUCAUAUAUGUAUUCUAGCAAGAAAAAAUGUAUUUAUUUUGACACAGGGAAACACUGAUUUAUGUUGCUGAAGAACUUGAAGCUAGUAAAAGGUUCUCUUCUCAGUCUCUGAGCGUGGACCCUACGUGCAUAAAGAUCCUUCAUUCAGCAAACACCUGCUGAACAGCUCUGGUGAGCCAGCCCCUCUCGGCACACGGAUGAGCCAGACAGACCUGACUUCACAAAACCUCUUGUACAGGGAAAGCCAGUUUUUCUCCUCCCGAUUCCUCAAGUCUGGGUUGAAAGGUAGGGGCUGGGGCCUAUACUGCCACAGGAUUUUAAGGAACUAAGGUGUUACAAAUACAGAAUGUUUGGGGGAACUGGGAAUAUCUUACUGAGAAGCUAAUUUAUUUGCUUAAACGAGAAGUGUAAGAACCAAGGAUUCUUACACUGUUUUGAUCUGCCAAGGAUUUCCUCUCAGAGCCGUUGCACAAAUAGAGGUUGUGCUUGGUAAGUCACCAAACAAGACAGAUGUGCACCUAAAUUUCUAAUGUGUUCUAUGGGUUUCAAUUCCAAAAAAGAAAACAAAUAAAGAUUUUAAUAAGAACUGA